AUGGGGAAUUGUCAAGCCAUAGAUGCAGCAACUCUAGUGAUUCAACACCCAAAUGGAAAAGUAGAAAACUUGUAUUGGCCUGUGAGUGCUAGUGAGAUUAUGAAGAUGAACCCCGGUCACUACGUUGCUCUUCUUCUCUCUACCACCAUGUAUCCAACCAAUAACAGUGAGGAAUGCCCCAGCAACAUCACCACUAACAAUAAUUCUCUGAGGGUAACACGGAUUAAGCUUCUCAGGCCUACUGAUACUCUUGUUCUUGGCCAAAUUUAUAGACUCAUCACUACUCAAGAGGUUAUGAAAGGGUUGUGGGCAAAGAAACAAUCGAAGCUGAAGAAAAACGAGCUAGAAUCAGAAGAGAAAUCUGGCAGUGUGAAAGAGAAGCAGGGAUCAGGGCUGGAUACAAGAGCUAGAAGAUCUGAACAAGAGAAGGAAAAUCAGGUGACCAUUAAAAAUGAAAGAAACAGACCAAGGACAACAACAUCAGCAAACUCUGCUGCUAUAGCCAGAUCAAGAGCAUGGCAACCCUCACUGCGAAGCAUUUCAGAGGCCGGCGGUGGCAGCUAA